GCAUCAGUAGCAGCAUGGCUUUAACAUACCUCCUCUUCCAAGUGGCGGUGGCCCUUCUGGCGAUCGUAACUUACUAUCUCCACCGAAAACUGACGUACUUCAAGCGACGGGGAAUUCCUUUCGAGCAACCCCAUCCGAUCAAGGGAAACAUAGCGGAGCUGCAGAAAACUAAGAACUUUCAUCAAGUUCUCCAGGAUCACUACGACAAAUUCCGGGAGAGCAAAGCCCCCUUCGUGGGAUUCUAUCUAUUCCAAAAUCCCGUGGCAUUUGUCCUCGAUCUUGACCUGGCCAAGCAUGUGCUCAUCAAGGACUUCUCCAACUUCUCGGACAAGGGAAUGUUCUACAACGAAAAGGAUGAUCCCAUUUCGGCUCAUCUUUUUAACUUAGAUGGUCCGCAGUGGCGAUUGCUGAGGAACAAACUCUCCUCGACCUUCACCUCGGGCAAAAUGAAGUACAUGUAUCCCACAGUUGUUUCCGUAGCCAACGAAUUCAUGAGUGUAAUGCACGAGAAGGUGUCGAAGGACCCCGUUCUGGACAUUCGCGAUCUGGUUGCCAGAUUUACGGUGGAUGUGAUUGGAACUUGUGCCUUUGGCAUCAAAUGCAACAGUUUACGGGAUGAGAAAGCAGAGUUCCUGCACUUUGGCAAGCGAUCUUUGGUGGAGAAGCGACAUGGCUUAUUCCUGAACGGAUUCAUUCGUAGCUAUCCCCAAUUGGCCAGGAAACUGCGAAUGGUGCGAACGGCCCAGCACAUCACGGACUUCUACGAAAGGAUCGUCAGGGAAACUGUGGCGGUGCGGGAAAAGGAGAACAUCAAGCGGAACGACUUCAUGGACAUGCUCAUCGAAUUGAAAAACCAGAAGGAAAUGACUCUGGAGAAUGGCGAAGUGGUCAAGGGAUUGACCAUCGAGGAAGUCCUGGCCCAGGCCUUUGUGUUCUUCAUUGCCGGCUUUGAGACAUCCUCUUCCACCAUGGGAUACGCUCUCUACGAACUGGCCAAGAAUCCGCAUAUUCAGGACAAGGUAAGAGCUGAGAUCGAGGAGGUUCUGGAGCGAUAUGAUCAGGAGUUUUCCUAUGAGUGCACCAAGGAUCUUAAGUAUCUCAACCAGGUUAUAAAUGAAACCCUAAGACUCUACACCAUUGUACCCAAUUUGGAUCGCAAGGCCGCAAAGCGUUACGUGGUUCCCGGAAAUCCCAAGUUUGUCAUCGAGGCUGGUCAAUCGGUCAUGAUUCCCUCAUCAGCUAUCCACCACGAUCCCAGCAUUUAUCCGGAACCCUACGAGUUCCGUCCUGAUCGAUUCUCCCCCGAAGAAUCUGCCGGACGUCCUUCAGUUGCCUUUUUGCCCUUCGGCGAUGGUCCUCGCAACUGCAUUGGCCUGAGAUUCGGACAGAUGCAGGCCCGAAUCGGACUUGCCCAGCUCAUCAAGAACUUUAAGUUCUCCACCUGCUCGAAAACCCCAAACCCUCUGGUCUACGAUCCAAAGUCAUUUGUACUCGGUAUUAAGGAAGGACUCUAUCUCAAGCUGGAGGCCAUCUAAAAAUAAGUUCACAAGCCAUCGCAUCAAUGCCAAAGUUUAAAGUAUAAUAAAGAUAGUUGUUUAUUUGUUUGUCCCAUAA